CUCACGCCUACCAACCCAAAAACAAAAAUCCUACAGCUGCGUUUUAUAAACUUGUGAUUAUUUCAAUAAUACACCGCAAAUUUUGACGUGUAAGUCUAUAGGGUACUAUUUCCAACAAUAAUUAAUCCCGCAUAAAGGAAGCAUGCCAUUGGAAACGUUUCCCUUGAUCUAUUUUUUUUAGAAUUUCACAAUAUAGAGUAGGGUUGUACAUGGGGUAGGGGAUCACAAUUGUGUUUUCCCACUAAAACCUUUUACCUGAAGACUUGUCAAUUUACAGUCGAGUGUUUAAUUUGAUGUAAGGGUGAAUGCAUCUGUUUGUAGUUGGCAAAACUAUUUUGAUUGUUUUGGCACGACUGCGAUUUAGUCAUUUUCGGUUUUAAAAUUGUAGGGUUUUUUCUUCAAGGUUGUAGUUUGAUUGUUUUUAAAAAAAUGUAGGUACACCGUGGCUAAUACAUUUUUUCAAACGUAAUUGAUUAUUUACGGAGGUAGGGUUAAGGUCGGAUGAUGCAUAAAUGCGGCAUAAUCGUAUCAAUGUCGUACUUCAAUGCUGAGUGCGUUUUAUUAUUUUGGCUAACAAUAGAAGGAAUAGGAGAAAAGUUCUACACUUUUUAAGUUCUUUUUAAUUGCAGAUUCAUAAAGUAGGGCUAAAAUUAAUAUCAAUCUGAAGUGUCAUACGCUCAUACGUCUAAUAAGUGUGCACUGUGUUAAAUAUAUACACCAACUUCAGUUGCAGACACAACUUAAAGCAUUCUAUAUUAAAUAUUAUUACUCGUAUGACAUGUACUAUGAAAAUUGUUGCAUACAACAUAUAUAUUCCAUAAGUGAUUCUAACAUCAUAGUGGGCAGUAAUUUGUUCCGCCUCUUUUCUUGUGUGUAACUAUAACAACAACGAAAGUUCAAAUGUCAUAUUACUGUAACAGAUGGUGUUUUAAGUACAUUAAUUAAUACAAAAAAUAUCUACCAUCACUAAGAAGUGGCAAAUCUGCAACAUUUCUAAAUUUCACAGGUCACUAGAUAAAAGAAAUAUUUGAAAGUCUUGGAUAACGAAGCUUAUAAGAAAACUUUUGAGAAAAACAUUAAUUUUGAAUGAAAUAUAGAAAAGAUAGUCUCAAACGAAAAAAAAAAAAACGCAGAAUGUCAGCUUACGAAAUUUUACGAAUUUGAACGCCACAAUGCCGCCAUAUUUGCACAUAUGCCAUGUCGUGUCUAUCUUUUAAAAUUUUUGAGACUAUAAAUAUUAGGGCUGCAAAAAAAAUCUUUGUUUAGUUAAACACUAUAAACUAAAUAAAUAAUAGUUUCAAGUACGUUUUUAAAAUGGCAUUGUUGUCACGUUUCACGCCAAAGUAAUGGCGUCACUUUUCUUAACUGGAACCAAAAAUGAAAAUGCAUCCAUGCUAUAUAUAUAGAAUCAUGUGUAAAAUAUCAGAAUAAACCACAGGUAACCUAAAACUGAAAAGUUAUGUCGUCAUUCGUAGAAACUGCACUAAUACCGCGUACACUUUUUUUUGUACCCAACAUAAAACUAAAUUUUCUACACUCAAACUUCAAGAUUUUUAGAAAUUUUAAACUUUUGUUUUUUGAUCCACACUUGGAAACAGAAUAAAAAAAUAAUAAUAGUACUACCUGUGGUAACAACACAAAGUAUCCCGAACCUCCUUUGGUAAAAUUUUCGCCGCAUCUUGCCGGGAGUCUUCCCCACGCUCGUGCGGGUCACGUGUAGGCGUACCGCGAACAGGUGCUCGUACUCGCGUGUAGAUGUCGCGUUCGCGGUAUGUCUUGGACUUCGGGAGCGCGCCGCGAUACUGUUUGGUACUUUCGGGCUCCAACCCAUUGCCGUGGGCUGCUGAUUGCGAUCUUUGUUUGCAAGAAUCGCCGUGCAUCAAAUGCGUUCAAUGUCGCACCUGGGCCUCACCCCUCUCACGCAUCCGUUCCGUAAAAAACCGGCUCGAAUAGGAUAUUUGGGGAGCCUUUGUCAAUGGGGUAGAAUAAUGGAAUCUGAGACGCGCCGACCUACCCCUAACUCACCCUUUUCAUACGCGAUGAUGCUGCAAUCAGCUUCUAACCGUCACCGGGACAGAAUCCGCCGUCUGUCUCGCUGAUGCCACCCCUCUAUCUCUUGCCAAGCCAAACCGACACGAAUGUGGCACACAUUUCAAAAUUUUUGAUUUUUUUUAGAUGGCGCAGGUGUGCCACCUGUGCGUGAUUGACUUAGUGUGGAAUUUAAGACUACUUAAAUCUAUUCAUUUUUUAUGCAUUAGACAAAGACACAGUUUUUCUCUCUCUCGUUCUUUUUUCCUCUCUCACUCUUUCCUUUUUUCAAAAAUUGUCACGAAACGGUGGUUUGGAAUCAUAAAAAUAAAUUCUGUUUCAUUGAUUUCGUAAAAAGUGCCUAAAUUGUAAAAUUAACGUAGAACUAACAGAGCAAUCAUGUUAUUAAUUCAUAUCAGUUUAUUUAAACAUGACAGUUGAUUGAGUGUCUGCCAUAUUUAAAUAUGUAACUUUCAGACACUGGAAAAUAGUUUUGUAAAAUUUGUACUGACAAGAUGUUUUCUGUUUUUAGGUCAAACAUGGAUUUGAUGCCGUUCGAUUUUUUCGCACCCGUAUUCGGGUCCAAUAAGCGAAAACCCAAAUAUAACUACGAAAGCAUGGCAGAGUACCAGAGCAGUGAUAAAAUUUUACCACCGGAUAGUCGGACUGUCAAGAAGAAGAAACCGUGGCGAGCGUUAAUAUCCUACUGGAUUUUAGGACUGUGUAACAAUUAUGGAUACGUUGUGAUGUUGACAGCCGCCAGCGAUAUCAUAGGAGAAAGCGAAGGUUCAAAAAGCAAAGAACGAAACUGUACAUAUAUGUCUACAGGCGCCAUUCUAUUAGCUGACAUUAUUCCCAGUUUAGUAGUUAAAUUACUAGCGCCCUUCUUUCCAUUUUUUGUUAAUGUGAGGGUCGCCAUUUGUAUAUUGUGUUCUUCAGCAGGAUUUCUUUUAGUGGCGUUCAGCCAAAGCAUUACUAUGUCGUUGCUAGGGGUGGUCGCCACUUCCUUCUGUUCCGGACUUGGAGAAGUGACAUAUCUCCAAUAUAGUUCAUUUUUUGACAAAAACGUCGUAUCGACGUGGAGCUCAGGCACUGGAGGUGCUGGUGUCAUAGGGGCCCUUUCCUACUCUCUGUUACAACAAUUAGGCUUUAAAACUACUUUAUUAGUGAUGUUAAUAGUUCCUGGUAUCAUGGCUGUGACAUUUUAUAUUAUUUUACCUACACCUGAAGUUCAGGAUGACACAGAUGUGCAAAAUAACGUCAACGCGGAAGAAAUUAAGAAUCCGAAAGAAGCACUUAAGAAAAAAUUCAAGCAGGUUCCUUCUUUGCUCAAGUAUAUGAUUCCGUUCGGUUUGGUGUAUUUUCUAGAAUAUUUUAUAAACCAAGGAACUUUUGAGUUGAUUAAUUUCGACAAUACCUUCUUAAAACCUAGCGACCAGUACAGAUGGCUACAGGUGCUCUAUCAAGUAGGUGUAUUUUUCUCAAGAUCUUCAGUUAAUUUCUUCCAUAUUAGAUACAUAUGGGUGAUGUCAGUAUUGCAGGCUGUUAAUGUGGUUAUUUUUACCACUGAAGUAAUUUAUUAUUAUAUGCCAAGUUUUUGGAUUAUAGCUGUGUUGACCCUCUGGGAGGGUUUAUUGGGAGGGGCAGCCUAUGUGAACACGUUUUACAGAAUUUCCACAGAGGUCAAAGAAGAACACAAACAAUUUUCUAUGGCCAUUACCAGUUUUGCAGACAGUAUUGGUAUCACGUUGGCGGGAGUGGUAGCCAUUUACGCUCACAACGCCAUCUGCUCGCUACCCAUGCCACUGAGAGCUUCUUAACUAAUUUCUGAAGUUUGUAAUUUUAUAUUUAUUAUAGAAGUUUACGCCCAA